AUGGCCGAACGGCACAAGUCCAAGAGCCAUGCCCAGCCCAAUGGGAAGGCCACGUUGACCCAAGUGGUGGAAAAGAUUGAGGAAGACACUUACCAUGAAGAAAACAUCUUUCUGUUCAUUCCAAACAUCAUCGGAUAUGCCCGAGUCGUGCUGGCGAUCGCUUCGCUCUACUACAUGCCUCUGCAUCCGCGGACCUGCUGUGGGCUAUACAGUGUGUCGUGCCUCCUCGACGCCGCUGACGGGAUAGCCGCUCGACGAUACAACCAAUCCACAACGUUCGGAGCCGUGCUGGACAUGGUGACAGAUCGCUGCACCACGUCCUGUCUGCUUGUGUUUCUUGCAUCUGCUUUCCCCAGAUGGAGUAUCGUCUUCCAGGGCUUGAUCAGCCUCGACCUCGCCAGUCAUUAUAUUCACAUGUACGCGACGUUGACCAUGGGGUCGUCGGGCCAGAGUCACAAGAAGGUCGACUCGAGCAGGAGCUGGAUUCUGCAUCUCUACUACACCAAUAGGACCGUUCUAUUCCUCUUCUGCCUCUUGAACGAGACGUUCUUCAUUGCACUAUACCUGCUCUCCUUCUCGUCCCCGCUCCUCUCACCUUCACUGCUGGCCGUCAACGACCACAACAGCGGCAUCCAAUCGACGCAACCGGGCUCGCCUGCGCACCCCAAACCGAGCACUCUGUUCGCCAACCCGUGGAGCGCAGGUGCGCUGGAGAUGGCUCGCGCCAACAAGAUGGACAGCACCGUGCCCUGGAUCAUCGCGGGCAUCAGUGCCCCCGUCAUGGCGGGGAAACAGAUCAUCAAUGUCAUCCAGCUCAUUAAGGCCAGCAAGUGGCUGGGCGAAGGUGAUGUUGCGGCGAGGAAGAAGGCGUUCAUCGCUGCGGGGAAGAAGAGGGCAUGA